UCUCUCUCAAUCAGUGGAAAAGAAAAGAAAACGCAAGCGCCGGUAUCAACUCUUUCUUCUCUGCAGAUAAGCCAACAGCAGUCGAGGAAGAAAAAGUUCCCCUCUCUCUCUCUCUCUCUCUCUCUCUAUCUCUCUCUCUCAUCUUCCCAAUAAUUGUCCAAUACCCAACGUUAACUCUCUUGAAAAUCCAAUCUUUUUUCCUAAUUUCCUUGAUUCCGGCUUCCGAUCAUGGACUCGCCGGAAAAAUCCCUUCACAGCCCCAUGCCCAUCGAUGAUGCCGAGGAGCUAAUCCUCCGCUGGGACUCCACGGCCUCGGAGGACGCCCGGGAGAAGAUGAUCUUCGAGUCCCACCGCGACGAGAUCGACCGCUACCUCCGCGCCGUCGACGAGCUCCACCGCUCCAUGUCGUCCGUCAGCCUGUCGGAGGGUGGCGGCGGCGGCGGCGGCGGCGACGAGCAGGGCGAUAAGGUCAGCUCCACGGUCCAGAUCGCCAUGGCGAGGCUGGAGGACGAGUUCCGCAACAUCCUCCUGAGUCACACCAGUCCACUCGAAGCUGACUCGCUCACGACCGAGUCGUCCUCCUCGGUCCACUCCUCGAUCUCCUCCGCCGACGGCGCCGAAGUCCACCUCUACGUCGACGACGAUUCGACGCACAAGGGGCUGGAUCUGAGCUCCGACGAAGUGAAGGCCGAAUCGAGCAGGAGGAGCAGCAUCAGCUAUCGGUCCACGAGCAGCAUCCGCGAGAUUGAUCUCGUGCCAUCUGAGGCGGUCUACGACCUCCGAUGCAUCGCGGAGAGGAUGAUCUCGUGCGGUUACCUGCGUGAGUGCGUUCAAGUGUACGGAAGCGUGAGGAAAUCAGCCGUUGACGCGAGCUUUAGAAGAUUAGGGUUUGAGAAGCUGAGCAUUGGGGAUAUACAGAGGCUUGAGUGGGACGCUCUGGAGGUGAAAAUCAGGCGGUGGAUUCGCGCCGCGAAGGCUUGCAUUAGGGUUUUGUUCGCAAGUGAGAAGAAGCUGUGCGAAGAGAUUUUCUACGGCAUUGGUACUAAAAUUGAGGAUGCUUGCUUUAUGGAGACUGUGAAGGGACCUGCUUUACAGUUGUUUAAUUUCGCGGAGGCCAUUAGCAUCAGCAGAAGGUCACCCGAGAAGCUGUUCAAGAUUUUGGACCUCCAUGAUGCUCUGAUGGAUUUGAUUCCGGAUAUUGAUGUAGUUUUUCAGUGUAAAUCGGCCGAGUCAAUACGGGUUCAGGCGGCCGAGAUUCUGUCCCGGCUCGGGGAGGCCGCACGGGGAAUUCUGUCCGAGUUUGAGAACGCUGUGCUGCGGGAGCCAUCGCAGGUCCCAGUGCCGGGCGGGACGAUUCAUCCCUUGACGAGGUAUGUGAUGAACUACAUCAGUUUGAUAUCGGAUUAUAAGCUGACCUUGUCCGGGCUCAUAGUGUCGAAGCCGUCGACGGGUUCGAGGUACUCAGGCGAUCCUACGAUCCCGGAUAUGGAGUUUGCGGAAUUCGAAGGGAAGAGCCCUCUGGCGCUUCAUUUGAUUUGGAUUAUUGUGAUCUUGCAAUUUAAUUUGGAGGGCAAGUCCAAGCACUAUAGAGAUAACUCACUAGCACACCUGUUUAUGAUGAACAAUGUACAUUACAUUGUUCAAAAGGUGAAAGGGUCACCGGAGUUGAGGGAAAUGAUUGGUGACGAUUAUCUGAGGAAGAUGACCGGCAAGUUUAGGCAGUUAGCGACUAGUUACCAGCGAGCAACGUGGGUUAGUGUAUUGUAUUGCCUAAGAGAUGAGGGCCUACAUGCCAGCGGUGGCUUCUCAUCUGGGGUGUCAAGAAAUGCUCUUAGGGAGAGGUUCAAGGCUUUCAAUGCCAUGUUUGAUGAGGUUCAUCGGACUCAGGCCACAUGGCUUGUGCCUGACCCUCAGCUUAGGGAGGAGCUUCGCAUUUCUAUAUCGGAGAAGUUGAUUCCGGCUUACAGGUCAUUCUUAGGGCGUUUCAGAAGCCAUAUUGAAAGCGGGAGGCACCCGGAGAACUAUAUAAAGUACUCAGUUGAGGAUUUGGAGACUGCUGUCUUGGAUUUCUUCGAGGGAUACCCUGUAUCUCAGCACCUGAGGAGGAGAUCCCAUUGAUGAUGUGGAGUGGAGUUUUGCUAGUUAGAAUCUAGGACACAUUCUUUGAAUUCUUUGGGGAGCAUUUGGGUGAAGAUGACGGGAUGGCCGCCCUGGUAUUCGUUUGCCCUUUGGAUUUACUGAGGAGAACAGUCAAAUUCAGUUUCAUUGGAAGAGAUCCUAAGUGGUCGCUACUUGCAAGAUCCGGUACCGGUCCCCAGAAUAGCCUACGCUCACCCGAGUGCUUCUUUGAUGCAAGCCUGUUGUUUGUUUUAUUACCACGUUCUGAUUAUGCUUCAUUUGUUCAUAUGGUAACUGUUGUAUGUGUGCUUUGCUCUUUUCUUCUUAUAUCAGAUACAAUUUUCCUUUUUCAGCUUCAGAUUUCUUUGAGAUCAAGCUAUGGUCUCAAACCCGAGUAGAUGCAUAGAGGAAAACGGAAUAAUUUUUUACAUUUUCUACUUAUGUAUUCACCAAGUUGGUAAAUGUUGCUGAGCAUAGAGGGUUAUAAAGCAAUAUGCUAUACUUGUUUGUAGACCCUUGGAUGGUGAAAUAGUCUGAUAGAAUAAAAGCCAGUCGUGUCAUUUGUCAGAGCAACAUUUGGUAUCUAGUGCAGAGUGCAGAGAUGUGCCAUGGUGAGCUGAAGCAUUUCCUCACGCUACACGGAUUCCAGUGCUUAGAAUUUUCUGCUGUACUAGUCGCUGGAUUCAUAUAUGUUGAAUGACGUUUUGUUUGCUU